CUUUUACCCCUGACAGUGACUGAGACUUGUUUUGUUAAAGCACCAGAAGGCAAUGGUCCUCAGUGGGGGGCUGGUCCUGGGACUCCACACCUUGAUGGUGUUCCUGAGCCCCCAGGAAGCUGGGGCCAUCAAGGCUGACCACAUGGGCUCCUAUGGACCAGCCUUCUACCAGUCCUAUGAUGCCUCAGGUCAGUUCACGCAUGAGUUUGAUGGGGAACAGCUGUUCUCUGUGGAGCUGAAGAAGAGGGAGGCUGUGUGGCGUCUGCCUGAGUUUGGCGACUUGACUCACUUUGACCCGCAGAAUGGGCUGGCCAGCAUUGCGAUGAUCAAAGCCCAUCUGGACAUCUUGGUGGAACGCUCCAACCACACCAGAGCCACCAACGUGCCUCCAAGGGUGACUGUACUCCCCAAGUCUCGAGUGGAGCUGGGCCAGCCCAACGUCCUCAUCUGCAUCGUGGACAACAUCUUCCCCCCUGUGAUCAAUAUCACCUGGCUACGCAAUGGUCAAACAAUCACCGAGGGGGUGGCUCAGACCAGCUUCUAUUCCCAGCCUGAUCAUUUGUUCCGCAAGUUCCACUACCUGACCUUCGUGCCCUCAGCAGAUGACUUCUAUGACUGCCAGGUGGAGCACUGGGGCCUGGAUGAGCCGCUCCUCAGGCACUGGGGUAUGGAGCCUUCUCCCAGCCCACUCUUCUCAGUCCCGUGUUUCCUUUACUCUAGAAUCCUUUGCUGUACCCCUUUCUCUUCCAGAGCCGCAGGUGCCUCUGCUGCCAGACACUACAGACACCCUGGUCUGUGCCCUGGGCCUGGCCACUGGCCUGAUGGGCUUCCUCGUGGGCACUGUCCUCAUCAUCACAAGCACAUGCUUGCACAGCGUCCCCAGGUAAUGACCCUUCUGAGAGAAACAAAUUGUGGGAGACAUCCUACGGAUUCCUGGCAAGUUUCUGGCAGCCCCCGCAUGCUCAGUGCCACAAUCUAUGCGGUACAUCCCCACUGUGCUGACUUUGAAUGGGACCAACCUCUGUCCUAUAGGUCUCCUUUUUGGUCCCAGUACUCACAUCAGGACUUGUGAGGCACCAACUAGCACUAGCAACACUCUCCCCCACCCCCCCCACACACGUGCAUGCACAUUUUCUUGCUAUACCCAAAGCUCUGGCUAGCAGCAGUAAAUUUAUUAGUGGUGUUUGCACUGUAUCCUUUUUACCAUUUCUUGGCCAGUUCUCUCAGGAUGUGAGGGAUGCUGGGACUUGGAAGAGGGGAUUCUGGUUGAUGACCUUAGAGCAUGACCACCUCAUACGGGAGAUUGGCAGUUAUCCUCAGGCUCUUCCAUCUAUGUCUUGCUCCAUUUGACUCAUCAAUUCAGGGCCCAUUGUGUUACUUGUGAAUGGGCUAUUACACAAGGACUUCAAGAAAUUUGCUUCCUGAGGUCAGAUUUUCCCUGAAAGGGAUGCAGAGUAACCUGUUCAUUGCAACUCUCUACAACAAAUAACAGUAUUGAGGGCAAUGGGAGAGAAAAGGUUCAUGAGUAUUCCACUCUUGUUUAUAUUUACUCUGUAAUGAAGAGGCCAUUGGUGUCUAGCCAUAAUCUACAAUGUUUUCUUCUUUUUCUACAUUCCCUAGAGUCCUAUGCAUGAAAAAGAGUGGUCUGAGGCUUGGGAUCAAUCAUAUCUGUUAGGAGGGUAGGAGAGUAUAUCUGCAAGGCACCUGGUAGGAGGGGUGGUCUAAGAGAGAUCCACUUGAAUGCUCUCUAAAUAUGUGGCAUGGAAGAUUUUGAUUUACUGUGAACAAAAUUUAAAAUACACACAAAGAGAUAAGUAACCAUACAAACUAGUUUAUGUCAAGUAUGAAAUUAGUAUUAUACAUUAAGCGUUUUUCAAACCUGAAGGAACAUAGAAGAAUCACUUGGGAGCCUUUUAAAAAGUACAGGCUUCACCCAGAUCUAUUGAAUUAGACUCUCAGGGAUGGGAGGAGUGGGGACAUGGAGUUUGUAACUUUUUGGUAAGUUCUAGAUGAUGCUGAUGCAGCCAUCCUGGGCCUAGGCUGUGGUCUGGUAACUGGGAUCCUCUGACAGUCUAGUCCUAUUGGCGGUCAUUGGAAGAGAGAGCCCCUGUGGUCUGAGGUGGUCCAGGAAGGCUGUCUGGAGAACCUGGGUCUUUUAGAGCAUAGAAAGAAGUUCAGCAAGAUACAAGUAGGAGCAAGAUGGGGUUUGAAUUGUGAGCAUUUGCUCCUGAAAAAGAAAGACACCAAGACAUUAUGAGGACUCUGUGGACUUCCUAAGAGAGAAUAAGUUGGGAAAAAUCAAGACUCUAAUAGAAGUGGAGGGGCUCCUUCCAGUCAAGGUUUUGUUUGCCAGUAACAGAAACCCCCUAAGAAUGAUCAUAGCCAAAAGGAGAAUAUGUUUACAAUAAAGACACAGAAGUGGUGCCCAGAACCCAAGCAUGCGUUUUAGCCGGGCUUCACAGGAAACAGAACUCAGAACUGAAAAGCCAGCAGAAGCUAGAGAGCCCCUCUUGCUCUCUCUGUGCUGUUUGGUCUGUGUUCUCUAGAUUUCUCUGCAUGCUAGAUAUAUCAGUCAUAUUUCUCUCUCUGUGUGGACUGUCCUUUUCAGCUAACAUGCCCACCCUACAGCUCUUGAGGUUUUGUUUGUUUGUUUUAAUCAGCUCAGCUCUAGCCACACACAGAGACUAUGUCUCCCAGUCACAAUUUAAAUUCUUGGAAAAAUAAAUGACUCGUCAAACUUGGGGCAGGUGUCCAUCCCAGUCCAACAUAUUGUGACCAGGAGGACAAGAUCUCAAGAUACAAACAUGGCUGCUGAGCACCCACCUCUAAUGUGAAGAGUCAGGUCGUUCUCAAAGAAGAAUGGAUUGGUUCUCAGAAGACACCACAAGAUAUGUCUUGUCUGCAAUGUGCCCUGAUCUCUGCUGAUCUUUUGCUUAAAAGUGAACUUGAUGC